UUAACUGCUUGAACUGCAAAGGUUUACGGAACUCCCUAACCAUCUUCUUCAAUUCAGUAAACAUUAAUAAUGGAACUCUCUUUACUACAGUUUAUCACAGUUUCAGCAUUAACCCUAAUAGCCAUUUUUGCUGGAUAUUUCAAGUUUAAAACUUCAUCUUCUUCCCUGUGCAAGAAGCUUCCACCAGGGUCAUUUGGUCUUCCUCUCAUUGGUGAGUCCAUAAGCUUCAUUAAGGCACAAAAGCAGGACAAAACUGGUGAGUGGAUCCAAACCCGAAUCCGCAAGUAUGGACCCGUGUUCAAAACCUCACUCAUGGGCUCCAAAACAGUGGUUUUUACUGGCCAAGCCGGAAACCGGUUUGUGUUCAGCGGAAGUGACAAUGGUAUUGCAGGCAACCAAGUCGCAAGUGCAGCCAAGGUUUUGGGAAAGCACAGCAUCUUUGAGCUUUCAGGGUCUAGGCACAAACUUGUCAGGAAUGCACUGAUGAGCUUCUUAAAACCAGAAAGCCUUCAGAGAUUUGUGGGUGAAAUCGAUUCUCUAGUGCAAAAACAGUUGUUUCAGGAGCUAGAUGGCAAGGAUUUGGUACAAAUGGUGGUUUUGAUGAAGAAAAUAACAUUCAAGGUGACCUGCAGUUUGUUUUUUGGACUACCAGAAGGGCCAGAGAAAGAUGCAUUGCUUGAAGAUUUUACCAUUGCCACCAAGGGUUUGUGGGCAGUUCCGUUGAACGUUCCGGGGACCAUAUUUUACAGAGCCAUGCAGGCACGUGCCAGGAUAUCACAGGUCCUCACAAAACUCAUGCAAAAUCGACAAAAGGAAGAGAAAAACAAGCCCUCGCAAAAGAACGACAUCAUCUCAGUGUUCCUCCGUUUGAGAGAUGAAGAUGGUAAGCCUCUCCAAGAGGAGGAGAUUCUUGACAAUUUCAUCACUCUGAUAAUUGGUAGUCAUGACACCACCACAAUUCUCCUCAGCCUUUUUAUAAGACACCUUUCCACAGACCCCAAGACUCGUAGUGAGGUGCUUCAAGUAUGA